AUGUCUAUACUACCCCUAACGAACCGCCUCGCAGAGUGGCCGAUAUACCAGUCUCUACAGCGCAAUGCCUGUCUGUUCUCGUUCCUCUUCGUAUUCCUCCUUCGCUACCUCCGCGUUCUCAUCAGUCUAUACGGCACUUAUAGAUACCGGCCUACACCCAUACCGCUAAACCCCACAUACCACAUCAACGAUGUCACAGUCAUCAUUCCCACCACAGACUUGAUGUGCGAAACACUGCAUAACGUCGUACGCUCCAUCCUCAACCAAAGCGUCCCCAAGCUCAUCAUCGCAACCGCCGGAACACAAGCCGCAGAACAGUUCCGCGCUUUCCGGACUUUGUUCCCAGAGGGCAGAGUCGUGGUAUUACAUCGCGUCAAGGCCUCACGGCGCGAACAAACAGCACAAGCCCUAAAACAAGCUGACACACGCCUCGUCAUCCUCCAGGACGACCACACAUUCUGGCCCCAAUCCCGCCGCUUCAUCGCGUCCGUAAUCGCCCCCUUCGAAGACGCCAAAGUGGGUGCUGUGAGCGCCGAUUUGCAAGCUCGGCACCGUGGGCACCCCUUCUCCUGGCCCGGAUUCUGGAACUUCAUGGGCAUGACUUACCUAAUGCGCCGUUCAUACGAGUACCGGGGUACCUACGGUAUCGACCGCGGUCUAUCAACGUUACCAGGCCGUUUCGGCGUGUUCCGCACGGCCAUCUACGCGUCGCCCGAGUUUCUCAAUGGAUAUCUAAACUCUUACAUGCCGUUCAAGAGCGAGCCACUGAAUUCUGAUGACGACAAGUUCCACACGCGCUGGCUGAUUGAGCACGAUUGGGACUUUGGACUACAGGCUGGUCCUGAUAGCGUUAUGACGACGGAAUUGGGGGAGUGGCCGAAGUUUAUCGGGCAGGUACUGCGCUGGACACGGACGACUUGGCGGAAUAAUCCGCCGCAGUUGAUGGGUAGGUUGACGUGGAUGAGACAUCCCUUCAUGUCGUGGAGUCUGCUCAUGUGGUUUUUUCGACAAUCGCUCACGCAAGAAGCGUGUAUGUACAUGACCCUUCGUGGCACGCUGAGGCAGUACGGGAAGUCUGAGUACUUUGCUGUUAGCGCAGUUGCGCUCACGAUCUGGAUUCUCUCAUUUAAGUUCGUUAAGAUUCUGGAUCACUUUCGCAAAUAUCCGGGCGAUAUUGUGUAUUUUCCGGCGUAUCUCGUGUUCGGUCACUUACAUGCGUUUCUCAAGAUAUACGCUAUGCUUACUUGCAUGAACGCUUCUUGGACUACGGCGGAGAAGGUAAAUGGAAAUCUAGGAGCAGCAAAGCUGAGCAAGAUGGAAACGGAAGACGACAGGCAGAAGGAUGCUACGAAGCGAAUAGUCUUAGGUGUACCUCCGGCUGCCCAGAGUAUGCCAAAGCGGCCAGCCUUGUUUGUGCGCAGGUCGCGUUACUACUCUCAAGCGCCAGGCGUAGGUGGAUGGUUAGGCUGA